AGACGACGAGUUCUCCAGCUCCAUGGAGACCAACGUGGUUCUUCGUAACGACGGCCAGGUCAUGUGGGACCAGCCAGCCAUCACCAAAAGCUCCUGCUCCGUGGACGUGGCCUUCUUCCCUUUUGACCUUCAGCAGUGUCACCUGACCUUCGGGUCCUGGACCCACAACGGCAACCAGAUGGACCUGUCCAACGCCCUGGACAGCGCCGACCUGGCCGACUUUGUCCCCAAUGUGGAGUGGGAAGUUCUUGGCAUGCCGGCCAAGAAGAACGUCAUCCUGUAUGGUUGCUGCUCAGACCCGUACCCGGACAUCACCUUCAGCCUCCACCUGAAGAGACGAGCGUCCUUCUACAUCUUCAACCUCCUCAUCCCCUGCAUGCUGAUCUCCUUCCUGGCUCCGCUGGGCUUCUACCUGCCGGCUGACUCUGGAGAGAAGGUGUCUCUGGGAGUCACGGUGCUGCUGGCCCUCACCGUGUUCCAGCUGCUGGUGGCUGAGAGCAUGCCCCCCUCCGAGAGCGUCCCGCUGAUAGGAAAGUACUACAUCGCUACCAUGACGAUGGUCACUGCAUCAACGGCGCUCACCAUCUUUAUCAUGAACAUCCACCACUGCGGUUCUGAAGCUCGGCCCGUCCCCCAAUGGGCCGAGCGCUUCAUUCUGAACUACCUCGCCCGCAUCUGCUUCGUGUACGAGGUCGGGGAGAACUGCCUCGGCAGGACCCCGUCCAGGAAGCUGCCUCUGCCGCAGGAGGAGCCCGAAGCCCCCGCAGCCAAUGGGAGCAAAGGAGCAAACUGGGAUGUGAACGGGCAGUGUGGGGAGUCUCUAAAGCCGGAUCGGGACGGGACCACCCAGACCGAAUGGAAGGAGGAUCUGUUUGUGACCAUCAACCAUUCGGAGGAGGAAGGAGCCGCCGGAGGACACGAGGGGAAGUGGGAGGAGUCAAAAAGCUCCGGUCGAGGAGGAGGGGAGCAUGUUGAAGAGAAGAAAGGCGUAGGCGGUGAUGGGGGGGUCCGGAGGGAGAUCUUUGUGAGAACCCAGUGUGUGUGCCAGCACCAGGGACUGCGCAGCAACGUGGAGUACAUCGCCAACUCGUACCAGGACCAGCGAGCAGCGCAGCUCCGCAUCGGGGAGUGGAGGAAGGUCGCCAAAGUCAUGGAUCGCUUCUUCAUGUGGCUCUUCUUCAUCCUGGUCUUCUUCAUGAGCAUCCUCAUCCUGGGAAAGGCCAUAUGACGGAGAGGGCUCUCCAUCGGGGCGUCCCAUGAGAGGGGGGGGGGGGGUAUAGAGUAGCGAUGACAUAGUUUGCUUAACGUUAAAAUCAGUUUGAAGUCUAAAAUCAGUCUAAAGUCUUAAAUCAGUCUUAGUCUAAAUUCUAAAAUCAGUAUUAAGUCUAAAAUAAAUCUUAAGUCUAAAGUCAGAAAUCAAUCUUAAAUCCAAGAUAAUUGUUAAGUCUAAAGACUAAAAUUUGUCUUAAAU